UUCACAUUCAAACCUCCUGGUUCUUUUGCGGAUUACUGUUUUAAUGGCGCCAUUUCUGACUUUUUGUUUUUUUUUUAUAACCAUCUUUUGUUCGAAAGUAAUCACUGUUGAAGCAGUUGAUAGAGAGAUGCAGACACUCCAUCGACAGAAAAGGGAAUGGUUCAUCCCUCCAGUGAAACUGAUGGAGAAUGAGGAUUAUACCAAAAAAACAUAUAUUGCAAAGAUUCGUUCAGAUGAAGAGACCAGGAUGAAUAUUGAAUAUUCUCUAUUAGGAGAUGCAGUGGACGAAGGAUUAUUCAGCGUAAACAAAAAGAACGGACAUGUCAAGAUCCAUGGCAUCUUGAACAGAGAGGAAAAGGCUGUUUAUAAUCUCAAAGGGAGAGCUACAUUCCCAGAUGGAUCGUGUGCUGAAACGGAUCUCAAUUUGAAAGUCGUAGUUGAAGACCAGAAUGACUGUGCCCCUGUGUUUGAGAUUCAAAUGGUUGGAUUUGUCGACGAACUCAGUGAAAAAGACACCUACGUAAUUGUCGUCACAGCCUCUGAUGCAGAUGACAACACAACAGCUAAUGCAAAGAUUGCCUACCGAAUUAUACAGCAGGAGCCAGUUGGAGAGAUGAUGUUCAACAUCCACAGAUCAUCGGGUGAAAUUAAAGUCAGAAUAAACACUCUGGACCGUGAGAAACAAGAAACGUACAAACUGAUCAUCAUUGGUACAGACAUGGAUGGAUUUAAUUCUGAUCCUCAAAACAGACCAUUGACAGGAACAGGAACUUUAACCAUCAACAUUCGUGAUGUUAAUGACAACGUACCUGAAUUAGAGGACACCUCUUACAACUGUACUGUUAAAGAGACUAUCAGGAAUGUGGAAGCGAUUCGGCUUAAGGCCACAGACAAGGAUAAGCCCUACACGGAAAACUGGGAGGCUGUGUACACAAUCAUCUCAGGAAACGAGAACGGUUACUUUAACAUCACCACGGACCCCAAAACUAACGAGGGAAUCCUGAUAGUCACUAAGGAGCUGGACUAUGAGACCAUGAAAAAGAUCGACCUGGUAGUGGUGGUCAACAACAAGGCACCUUAUCACAAAUCAGUGGUUCUUGGCAAGCAGAAGACCUACCCCGUUAAGAUCAAAGUGUUGAACGAGCUUGAAGCACCUUUUUUCCAACAUCCGGUGAAAGUCAUCUCCAUCACUGAAAACCGCACCACUAUUGACCUGAAGAAGGUCAUCGUCACAUUCACAGCCAUGGACAGUGAUACGCUGUUAACUGCCACUGAUGUCAGGUAUUUAAAAGGAGAAGAUGUGAACAAUUUGGUGAGCAUUAAUGAGCAAACAGCUGAGGUCAGACUGAACAAAUAUCCAGAACACAAGUUCUUGAAAAAUGGAGAAUACACCGCCAAAAUCGUAUGUAUCACCAAUGAUGUUUCACCAAAAACUGCAACGGGAACACUGGUAAUUCAGGUGCAGGAUUUAAAAAACCACUGUCCUAUUCAGAUCAGCCCACAUGGAAAAAUGUGUUAUGGAGACAGUGUGGUGUACGUCACAGCCAAGGAUGAGGGGAAAUACACCAAUGCAAACAGUUUUAAAUACAAAAUGGUUUCCAAGGGCACAAAAGAGAACUGGAGCUGUGAGAAGCACAAUACAACAACAGUCAUUUUGCACAGCCAGGAGAUCCUGUGGCCAGGAUACUACACAGUGGGAAUUGUUGUACAAAAUCAAGAGGAAAAGUCCUGUGAGGUUCAAAAGCUUCAGAUAACCGUGUGCACAUGCACUGAAGCAAAAGUGUGCCAAUAUGCGAGACAGUCUGGCACCAGUGCUGUGCUGGGAAUAGGUGGAGUUCUGGUAUUUCUGCUAGUAAUCCUGCUUCUCUUUGCAAUUCUGAUGAUUUUGCUGUUGUGCGAGUGUCGAAGAGGUUUUAGGAAAUUCCAGGCCUUUCCCUUUGAAGAAGAACAGCGACACAUCGUCUAUCACAUCGAAGGUCGAGGAGAAGAUCAGGAACUAGAACUGAUAUCUCAGUUGCCUGUGAAUGUAGCUGCUGGCAGCAGUGGGCAAUUUAUAGAUGCAUGUGAAGACUGGAGGAAAUAUGGAUGGGAAUCUCAAGAGGAAUACAUAAAUAACCAUUUGUUAAUCAACCAAUAUGAGGGUGAUUAUGUUGAUAAAAAUGCAACUACUCUAAGUGGAGGACCUUUUGAACAUGUUGGCACCAUCGCAGGCAUGGCUCUGCCGCAAACUUUCUUUCACAAGUACUAUGAAAAGAAAACACUGGAGCUGAUGAUUCAGGAAGGUAGUACAGAUGAGCUGCUGGUGUCUGACUAUGAAACGUGUGGUUCAGUCACAAGCUCUACAGACUGUCUUGGCUGUUUAUAUGAAGAACACAAUCUGGAUUUCCUUGAUGACCUCGGGCCGCAGUACAAGGUGCUUGCCGAGAUUUGCUGUGGAUCAGUCAUCGAACCUGAGGUCAGGUCCACUCAUACACCUCCCAAAACAAUCUCAUCCAGUUCACAAGUUGGCGUCAAAGUGGAAAGUGAUGGUGGUGGUGUCCAGAGUGAGGUGAUCUCUGUCUCUGCAUCCAGUUCAUCCACCACCACGGAAAUCACAUCUACAAAUUAUGGAGGGAAUAUUAACAGUGGAGGUGCAACAACAACAGCCACUGCAGGUCAAACCCUGCUUGUCCAGCAGCCUAAUGUUUACCUUUCCUCUACCCCUAUGUACAUAAUGGAGCAACAGCAUCAACCCACAUUGUAUCUGGCCUCUGGUCCAAUAAUGGGUGAAAGAAACAUGGCACUGGUGGAGAAUUCCAAUAUGGCAAUCACUCACCAGAACACCCUUCCCUGGCUGAGGCUGCAGCAAGCAAACUCCAGAGUACAGGUGGAUCAGGGUAUUGAAGGCACAGUGGUACAAGGGUUCUCAGGUCACCUUGAGACUCAAGGAGCUGCAUUUGGUUCCAUUCAUGUCAUCAAAAACCAACUAAUGCAAACUCAGACUGAGUUAGUGAACGAUCAAAGUGGAGAGAUCAUGGUUUUAGGAAACUCAUCAGUCAUCCCUAAUUCCCUUUCAUUAGCCUAGCAAGAUGUGCCUCUCAUUUUUGUACCAAAUGGUAUCACACACAAUGAGAUGUAGGUGGAAAGGUUUACAGUUUAAAGUCAAGCUCCACCUCCUAAUGCAACCACAAACUCACACACAUUUCAAACACAUAGAUGUAUUUUCAUGAAUUUAGCCAUCUGUCCAUCUGUAGAUCUGUGCAAAAUAUGCCUAGUUGCUUCUUCGGGACAAUGUCAAUUGAUAAGUGCUAUACAAAUAUACAAGACAGACAACACAAGACAGUGUAGGACAAAUAUACAAAACACAAAAUAGCGCAGCCAGUAAACCUGCUGUAUAUUACACAGUGCGGUGUGUAAAAGAGUACAGGAGUGAACAUUUGAAUGGGAAUAGUAUCUGUAAAACUUUUUUACAUCUUUAUUAUAACUCUGGCCUCCGGAUUACAACUGCAAUUCCAAAAAAGUUUGGAUGCUGGGCAAAAUGUAAAUAAAAAAAGAA